ACCUGACUACGGAGUAGCGAGGCUAGAUAUCCCAUGCGGCCUCGACGGCAACCUUGGCGGCUUACCUAAAUUUCACACCUUCUAUCCGUAUUACAGUGUUACUUCAUACGGGACACCUCGCUAUUAAAAAAAUUGUCAGUCAGUCUUGCGAAUCGAGUGCAAUAAGACGACUCUUUUCCUCCGUCUGCCUCAAUCGUCGCAGUCCUGGCAGGAUGCGGCAACUAAGUUAGAUGGCAUUCCUCGAGACGUUCCCCUCCAUCAGUGAUGCCGAAUUCCAGGCGGGUUGCAAGGCUUUGGAGAAUCGGGGUUUCGACAGAUUAAACGGCACAGACUGGCUGAGUGUACGCUGGUCCGGAGAAGAACUGCUCAUCAAGGAGAGACGACAGAUUACGAAUUCGAAUUCAAAUCCUACGAGAGAGGAAAACAACGAUGGAUAUGAAGAACUAGAAAACGAAGACGAUGUGGAAGAGCGUUCUGACAAUCCAGAUAUCAUGCUCCGGCAUAACGACGUCGACCCUGAUUCCCUGGUCAUCCAUUUCUCCAUCACUUUGUCUCCGACGUACCGUGUCCCAGUAUUGUGGUUUUGGUGUCAGCAGGCUGUGGCGUUGAAUCUCGAGCAAAUAUAUGAUUUCCUGGUGCCACGCACAUCGCAAGAACCUCUGCGUAGCGUUGGCGUCAUGGGAGGUAUCAGCAUGGCACAUCAUCCAAUAUCCGAUCAACCCGCUUACUUCAUACAUCCCUGCAAUACUCCCGAAGCUCUGUCGGUUCUCAAACCCAAUAAAAGCUUCACCCCAGAAGACUAUCUGAUGCUUUGGCUCGGUUUGAUCGGUUCCUCCGUCGGGUUGCACAUACCAAGCAAGCUCUUCGACGCUUGAUGGGUGACUAUGCUGUCAAAUUCGCGGAGGAUUAAUAUCUGGUAGUCAAGACUCUUCCGGCUGGUUUGGACUGAUCGACACGACCAGCAUUUGACUGGUCAAGCCAUCUCCUCAAAACACGGCGUGCCACGGCUCCGGCUCGUAGCGGAUCGUCGAGUACUCAGCCUGCUGAUGCUGAUUCAGUCGCGGCAAAGAUAGUCUGAUGAGCACCGUGCUGGAAAGUUUCAAUCUUCAUCUUCUUCCAUCGGUGCAUCAUCUUCAUCCUCCUCCAUGGACACUUCUUCUUCUUCUUCCUCCUCUUCCUCCUCUUCUCGUGUUCUUUUGGUGCCAUGAGGUACGCCGUUCACUUCCGAUGGCUUGACUCCGUUCUCCGAGGGCAUGCUCGUAGCUCCAGAGGGCGGGGCAUUGAAGAUAGAUCUCUGCAGAGCUGUGGUUUCGGCG